CCCAGCCCAGCCAUGAAGCCAGAGGCCGUCUCCGUGAUCCUCCUCCUGUGCUCUCUGGCCUUCUGCUGCCAGCCGUCCCGGGCAGGCGUCACCUUCCUCAGCCCUGCUCACAAACCCCUGGACAAAGGAAAGCCUCGCGUCGGUCGUCAAGUGAUGGAGUUGGCCCCCCCGCUGCAUGACAGGAGCUACGCUACGGUAGGCGACGACAGCAGCCAGCGCCCCCUGCUGCCCUCAGACCCGGUCAGCCAUCUCUCCUCCCCCCAGCAGGUGGCGGCACCCUUCGAGGUCGGCCUCACCCUGCAUGAGGAGGAGUUCCAGGUCUACCAGGCGCUGCACCAGCUGCUGCAGAACAUCAUGGGAGACCCCGAUGCCACAGGUGAUGUUUUUUCUCGUUUUACACUCUCAGUCUACUAAACUCGUUCAAAUAUAAUAUAACUUGCAAAUCUUGUUAUUUACAAAAUCUUGUUUGUUUUGUUACAGAGUGACCUUCAAAGCUCUGGACAUCAAUAAGCAUGUUCACAUCAAUUUAAUAAUUAAAGUCUGAAAAUCUAUGCAAAUUA